CCUCUGUACCCCACCACCAAGCUCUCAAUUGAGAGAUACAGCCCCAGACCACAAAGCAACAUGAUGCCAUUGGGAACCGCAACUGCCGGCGUGUGCCACAGACGAUCUCCACUUGCUUUACCUUUUGUACCAACAAUGUACGGUCUUGUCCAAUCGUUGCUGGUACUGUUGUGUAUACCGCCUCUCCUGGUCCACGCCGCCCCCAACUGCCCCUUGCUUGGCCCUGAGUACCCCCCACCGAGAAACCUCGCGAAUCACCCCGUAUGGAAGGCUGCCAUUGCGAACAUCACUUCCGUCUUUCAGUAUAUUGACACCAGCAACAUUACAGGUAUCGACCUUUUCUCCUACUCCAUUCAGGUGUUUUCCACAAACCCCGGCUCGCCGCCCGUUCUUUGGGAGCGGUACCGUACGCAGAAGAACCUCCCUGCCAAUACAACGGGAGUACGAAAUGUGGAUGGUGAUACAGUUUACAGGCUAGGCAGCGUAACAAAGGUUUAUACCGUACUAACCUGGUUGGCGGAACGAGGCGACGUGGAGUGGAACCAGCCCAUCACAAAGUACAUUCCUGAACUGAAAGGCUUGGGCGAUGAUGGAGAUAGAGUGAGGAAAGUCGACUGGGAAGACAUCACCAUUGGGGCUUUGGCGAGUCAGGUAUCAGGUAUUGGGAGAGACUACGGCGUGCUUGGUGAGAUCCUGGAAACAGAGGAUUCGCCGGUCAAUGGAUAUCCUGGAUUUCCGACGUUGGCGAACUCAUCGAUCCCGCCUUGUGGAACUUGGCCGCUAUGCACCAGGGAACAGUUUUUCCAUGGCUUGGACAUCAUGUAUCCGAGUUACCCGGCCUAUCAAACUGCGACGUACUCGAACGUUGCAUACCAGCUGCUGUCGUAUGCGCUUGAGAGUAUCACCGGCAAGAAAUUCAGUGAAGUUCUGAAUGAUCGGGUCAUCAAGCCGCUGGGUCUGAAUCGAACCUACUACGAAACCCCACCAGACUCAGUGGGAAUCAUACCUGGAACAGAAAAGGAAACUUAUUGGAAUGCCAGUCUUGGAGAUUCCAACCCAACCGGAAACAUGUACGCAUCAGCAACCGACCUAUCGACAGUAGGCCGUGCAAUCCUCAGCUCCAAACUCAUGAAACCAUCCCUCACAAGACGCUGGCUCAACCCUGUGACCUUCGCCUCCGACUUCCUAGCCUCCGUCGGCGCCCCGUGGGGAGUCCGCCGCAUCCAACUAGCAAAAAGCACGCAGCCACACCGCACGCUCACCGUGUUCACAAAAGCAGGGACAUUCCGACGCUACACGUCCUUCAUCACGCUGCUGCGCGACUUCAACAUCGGCUUCACCAUCAUGAUGGCCGGGCAGCCGGCCAUCGGGAACUUUUACGGCGCAGACCUGCUAGGCGCAGCGCUGAUCCCGGCGUACGACGCAGCGGCGCGCGACGAAGCUGCAAAGACGUACGGAGGGACGUAUGUGCUGCGCAGCGACGACGGGACGUGGAAUAACACACUCACGAACUCGUCCCUCACCAUCACCUCCUCGCCCGACAAACCCGGCCUCGGCAUCGGGACUUGGAUCAGCAACAGCACUAAUAUGCUCAACAUGGCGAUUCAGCUGGCGAGUGGGUCUCCUUACACGCCUGCUCGCGCUGAAGGGAGGUUGUACUACACGCAGCUUACGUCCAAGACUGCGGACGGUGGAGAGAGACAUGCGUGGAAGGCGAUUUUCGAGGACACGGGCGGCCCGGCUGCUGGCCAGCAGCUUUGGAGCACGGACUGCGGGGCUUGGGUUGGGGUCACGGGCGUCACGUAUGGCAGCUUGCCGUUGGACGAGUUUAUUUUCAAUCUGGAUGCGAGUGGGAAGGUGGUUAGUGUAGAGAAUUUGGCGUUGAGGAGUAAGCUUUGGAAGGUCUGA